GCGAAGACCGGCUCCUUGGGAUGGCUGGCUAGGGCUGGUGGUAGCUCCCGAGCUACGUACAUGAACACGGAUGUCAUGAGCAGUGGCAGUGGUACCCAACGGGCCAAAAGGGUCGAGGACAAGCAAGCGGGUGAAUCGAGGAGCGGUCGAGGAGGCGACGGUGGUGGCGCUGUGGCAGGCGUCGAGGAGGGCAGGCUAGACAUGUGUGUGCCGGUCAGGUGCAAUGUCGACGACGCUGGCCACGCCCGGUACCUGGCCUGGGACGGGCAGCUGAGGCCUGUGUCCAUGUCAGCGUCUGACGGCGCAGAGGCUGGCACUGGUGUUGGUGUGCGGGUAUGGGCGUGGGUGGUGGGCGAGGGAGCGGCCCUCUGUUAUCAUGGCUCGCUGCGCUGCUCUCCCACAGCCCCGACGCGCGUCUCUGUUGGGCUAGCACACCUUUUGCGCCAAGCCAGGCCUAGGUCUGAAACCGUGCCUGCUCUGCAAAACUACUCGGGCGUUGUGAUCCUCUCUACCACCGCAACCCAACCCGGCCUACCUACCAUCAACCCACUGCCUGCUCGUCUCUUGCCACCAAGCCCCGACACUGCAGACCAGCCGUACUCGCUCCUCGCCCGCACAGCAGCCUACUCUUGUCGUCCGUCGCCCGCCUGUCUGCCCACCCCCCGCUCCUCCAGGCGGUGAAGUCACUCCCAGCAUCCCACUCGACAGGCUCCCGCCCAUAACAACGCCUC